AUGACAAGAAGAACCAAGCAAGAGUCCCCAAAAAGACAUGUCUGCAUCGAAUGCCAUGAAUGUCGAAUUCAAGAAGAAGCAAUGGGCAAAAUCGAGAUUGAAGAAGAAAGAAAAGCUCAAGCUCAAAGUGUCUCUGAUGCUGAGCAAGAGAAAGCAGUAGAGUCUGGGUCGGAGAAAGACGGGGAUUCGAAGAAUUCUAGAGGACUUCCAUACAGCAUCGCAAAUCUCCUUGGUGGAGCUUCAGAAGCUGCAGCCCCGCAACUCAUCCCUGCCAACAGCCUCCUCCGAUCUUCAGUAGCUCCAGGAUUGCUUCAGAGCGGACUGUACUCCAGCCUCUAUCCAGGUCUUGGAGGCCUAAACAACCCGGUCAUGGACCUUGCCAACGGCGCAUCAAAUAAUGCCGACCAGCCAAAUGCUCUGAACUCCACCCUGUCCGAAGCUCUGAUAAGACAGAGCUUGCUAGCCCAGAUGUUUCUGAGGGGCCAGUUGAAUCGUCAGAUGGGCGUUUUGGGAGCGAAUCAGGGCAGUACGGAUACCAAAACUGACUCCAACGAUUAUGAAGAGCUGCUCAAGAGUGAAAAGCUACCGAUUCCAAGCGUUCCACCUAAGUCACCCACUGAUAGCUCCAAAGAAGAAGCAUUAGACUUGGACCUUGUUGAAGAAGACGCAAACUCCUCAGAAGAAACUUGCGGCGGAGAAGCAAAGAAGAAGAAAACCCGCACAGUUUUCAGUCGGGCGCAGAUCUUCCAGCUCGAGACCUGGUUCGAGCGAAAACGGUAUCUGUCUAGUAGCGAGCGGACGAAUUUGGCGACGCAGCUGAAUCUUACUGAAACUCAGGUCAAGAUCUGGUUCCAAAACCGAAGAAAUAAAUGGAAACGUCAGACACAGACUGAUAAUGGCCUCAGCCGAUUACAGCCAACAAGUCUACUCAACAACAUGCUCUUUCCCUCCCCCGCACUCGCCAUGGGCUACCUCCAAAGUCAUGGGCCAGAGCGAAAUCUCCUCGAACGAUUCGGAGCUCUAGAACAGCAACAACGACUCAACCUAGCGGGGAGCUCAAGUUUGGCGAAGAUAGCGAGCACGAAUGCUGAAUGA